AAGUUUCGUUGUGAGUAGAGUAAUGUAAUGUGAGUUGAAACAUUUCUUAAAUUUGUUACAAUAGACAGAAGUCCGAUAAAUGUAUAUAUCUGUAAUAUCAAUAAAUUUCUGACCUGUUGCUGGGACUCAUCUCAAAACAAGUUUCAGGUUUCUUAGACCAUGUCGGCUUCUGAUCAUCCCUAUAACUUUACACGGAACGGAACGUUAGUGUCUCGACUGUCUCGAGUGGGAGAUUUUACCCCAUUCUAUAUGGUCAUUGCCAUUAGUUCUGUAAUCUUGGGAUUGAUUGUUAUUUUGAACGUGGUGUGCUGCUGCUCAAGGUACUCGGACUACUGGCUGGACCGAAACACGGGCAACCGCUGGAUUGUAUCCAUCUGGUCCACCACUCCGCACAAACAGCUACCACUUGAUUUGUCCGAGUUAGAGGGCAACUACCAACCGCUCCACAACGUCCAACCAUACACCACUGAAUACCACGAGGAACACGGCAGAGGCGACGUCCCUCCGUCCGUCUCCACUCAACCACUGACCUCCUCCCAAGAGUACCUAGAGUUACAUAAGCGUGAGAGUUACAUAUAAAUCUAAAAACCAUGUCCUUCUUAGCAUGGCUCCUCUUGAUGAUCAUUCUGAUGCUUAGAUUCGGAGUCCGUUGGUGUAAGCUAAAGCAUGACACCUUACCGGUACAACAUGCAGUGUUACAAGGGUAUUGGCGG